ACUCCACCAAACUCUGCAGCAGAACAUUCGCUCCCAGACUUCACGAAACAUCAAAUUCCGGAAUAGAAAAAUGGCCAAUCAGCAAGGCGCAAAGAUCACCGUCUACUGGCUCGAGAAGUCUCGAGGCCAGCGCGCAGUAUGGCUGCUUGAAGAACUCGGCCUUGAGUACGAGCUCAAAGUCUUUAAGCGCGACGAGAACUUCCGCGCAGGCGACGACCUUGGCGCCGUGCAUCCGUUGAAGAGAUCGCCUGUUGUUGGCAUUACGCCCGCUGGGUCUGAGAAAGAAAUCAUUCUCGCGGAAUCUGCGACAAUUGUGGAUUAUGUCAGCGAGCAUUUUGGGAAGCAGUUGAUUCCGCAGAGAUAUCCUGACGGCAAGGAGGGCGUGCUGGGUGCGGAGACGGAGGAGUUUAUGAGGCAUAGAUUCCUCAUGGACUACGCGGAAGGCAGCUUUUUCACAAUUCUCAUGAUCGCCCUAGUCAUCGGAAACGUCAAGAACGCCCCCGUCCCGUUCUUCAUCAAGCCGCUCACGCGCGGCAUCGCCAACAAAGUCGAAACCACCUUCAUCAACCCGGAGCUCAAGAAGCACUGCGACUUCUUGGAGGACUUCAUGUCCAAGUCCUCUGGUGAGUUCUUCGUAGGCGACAAACUCACGGGUGCCGAUAUCAUGAUGCAUUUCGGCCUCGAGGGCGCGUGUCAGCGCGUGCCGCUGACUGAGUCGACGUAUCCCAAGUUGUACCAGUACAUGAGGCGGAUGCAGAAGAGGGAUGCGUAUGAGCGGGCGGCGAAGAGGGUUAGUGAGGCCAGUGGGGAGACGUAUGUCCCUUAUUCGGAUUUGAAGAUCAUGAAGAGGGAGGAAUACGAGAGCAGUAUAAACAAAGAUACCAAUAUAAAUCGUAUCCGGGGUGAGGGAUUUAAGACAUGGUUGAACACGCUGGGCGCUAAGCGAUCUGAGUGGACGGCAGGUCGUCAACAGCAUGUGGUCCCGCUGUCCGAGAUAGCCCGACGCCAAGCCAAAAGAUUCUACUUCGCUUCGUCUACUAUCUCCGUCCGUCCAGCCUCUCCAGCUUCAUCCUCACCACUCUCCACUCCAUCCGCAGUCGCCCAUCUCAGUGCAGCGAACAUGGCCACCUCUCCUCCUCCCACCAGCACCGGCUCGUCCAAGGUCGACGCCGCCAAGGCCAACAUCGCGGCCAACAUCGACCCGACUGCCCCAACCGGUCUUGCUCUGUACUCGCGCUUCGCUUUCGCCGGAGCCGUGUGCUGCUCAGUCACCCACGGCGCCCUCACACCCGUCGAUGUCGUCAAGACGAGGAUACAACUCGACCCCGCCACAUACAACAACGGCCUGAUCGGUGGCUUCAGGAAAGUCAUCGCCAAUGAGGGUGCUGGCGCCGUCUGGACCGGUUUCGGCCCUACCGCUGCCGGUUACUUCCUCCAGGGCGCCUUCAAGUUCGGAGGUUACGAGCUGUUCAAGCAGCAGGCCAUCAACAUGGUCGGCUACGAGACUGCCUCCAACAACCGCACUGCCGUCUACCUCGCCUCCGCUGCCUGCGCCGAGUUCUUCGCCGACAUCGCCCUGUGCCCGCUUGAGGCCACCCGUAUCCGUCUCGUCUCUGAGCCCACCUUCGCCAACGGCCUGAUCGGCGGUUUCGGAAAGAUCCUCAAGAACGAGGGUGUCGGUGCCUUCUACUCUGGUUUCGGACCCAUCCUGUUCAAGCAGGUCCCCUACACCAUGGCCAAGUUCGUCGUCUUCGAGAAGGUCAACGAGGCCAUCUACCAGGUCGUCGACAAGACCAAGACCUCCAACGGCAUGCAGACCGUCUACAACCUGUCUUCCGGUCUCGUUGCCGGUUUCGCUGCCGCCAUCAUCUCCCAGCCUGCCGACACCAUGCUGUCCAAGAUCAACAAGAGCAAGGGUCUUCCCGGAGAGGGAACCACCUCCCGUUUGAUCAAGAUCGCCAAGGAGCUUGGUCUCCGUGGAUCUUACUCUGGUAUCGGUGCUCGUCUCUUCAUGGUCGGUACUUUGACUGCCGGUCAAUUCGCCAUCUACGGUGACAUCAAGAAGGCUCUAGGGGCUACGGGAGGUGUAGAAAUCGCUAAGACGAACUAGAUACGUCGUCGGGGAUGAUGUGGUGGAGUGGAAAAUGAUACCAGGACAGCCAUGAGUGGAAAAAAGUUACUUGUAUAUGGCUGUAUCUUGGUUUGAGUCCCUUGCUUUUUUGCGCUUCAUGUGUCUGCUUUCUUUGCGACUACGGAUACUAGAGAAGGCCAUCUGUAACAGUACGAUAGCGGAGAUUUCUUGCUGCAAACAAUAGACGGAGCAUAAUGUCACUCAACUCUUCAAGAUAUGCG